AUGACAUUAAUCCGAAGUGAAUUCUAUUAUAAUUCAGGCACUCUCCUCAAAGAUGUUAAAAUGUCUGAUCGUGACCUUAUUAUUAGUCGGAAUUGCCUUGAAAUCUAUGGUAAAAAUGAAUGCGAAUAUUGCUUUUUGUAUUGCAGAGAUACAAUGCAGUCAUUUUCUUUUGAAUCUAAUCCACAAAUCAAAAUAAUAGGAUCAUAUGGAUUUUAUUCAUGUACGAAACUUACAAGAAUUGACUUAUCGCAGUGCACAAAACUUAUCACUAUCAAAGAAAAUGCAUUUUGUAAAUGCUCCUCUGUCACAGAACUUCUUUUACCCGAAGGACUUCAAAACAUUAUGCAAUAUGCAUUUUCUUCAAUGAAACUCCAAUCAGUAGUAAUUCCUGCUUCUGUUUUGAUGAUAUAUGAUAAUGGUCUCGGAAAUAUGGAGACAUUAACAUCGAUUACGUUUAAAGAAGGUUCAAAACUUCAACAGCUUUGGAAUAAUGCUUUUAUUAGUACGAGAUUAAUAGAAUUUACAGUUCCUGAAUCAGUAUCCACAAUUAUUGGAACUUUUCUGCAGGAUGUUCCAACAUUAAAAACUAUUAAAGUACAUCAAAACAAUAAAAACUUCGAGGAUGAUCUUCAUGCAGUUUAUUCAAAAGAUUAUACGUCUAUUUUAGCUUUUGCAGCAGAUUCUACUUCUAGUUACGUAAUUGAUUCAAGAGUCACAAAUAUUAAUGCAGGAGCAUUUAUCAGUGCAAGAUGCACAUCAAUAACUAUCCCUCCUUCUGUUGCAACAAUUGGAGGUUAUGCUUUUGCUCACACAGAAAAUCUGAAACAAAUUACAUUACCGCCAAAUCUCAUAAUUAUUCCAGAUUCUUGCUUUUUAAACUCUGGUAUUACAUCUAUUGAUAUCCCAGAUCAUGUGACAACCAUCAGUAGAUCUGCUUUCUCUAGAUGCUUGGCACUUAAAACAGUUUUAAUUCCAGGAAGCGUUACAGAUAUUGGUGGAAGCGCAUUUCCUUCUUCAGGCAACAUAAAUUUUACAUUUAAAGGAAAUUCUUCUAUUAUUAUUGAUAGUCAAAUGCUUAUGAUGGCAAAAGAUAACACAUCAAUUUCUAUGCUUCUAUCCUCAGAAGCUACUUCAAUUGUGAUUCCAAGCCAAGUUAAAACAAUCAAGAAGUCAGCAUUCGUUCAAAAAGAAAAGUUAACAUCUAUUACUUGUGAAGGUUCUUCAGAAGUUGAAUCAAUUGAAGACUAUGCAUUCUAUCAAUGCACAAAUUUGAUAUCGAUUCCCCAUUUCCCAAAGUUAAAAACAAUCGGUAUUGAAGCAUUUCGAGAAACAAAACUUUUAUCUGAAUUCUCUUUUCCUUCUACAUUCGAAUCAAUGGAUUUAUACGCAUUCCUUCGUGUUUCCUCAUUACCGAGCAUCUCUUUUUCUUCUACAGGAGAAACAUUAACCAUCAGUAACUAUGCAUUUUUAGGAUGCAGUUCAUUGACAAGAAUUUCAUUUAUUGGAUGCACAAGUAGUGUUUCAAUUGGGAUAAAUUCUUUUGCUGAUUGCACUUCGCUUUCAAUGUUUAGAGUUAUUUCUAAUAUUGUCAGUGUCGACUCAGGAUGCUUCAUGAAUUGUGGCAUAAGAUCAAUUAGUUUCGACAAUAGCUUGACUGCUUUCGACAGUCUUCCAUCAAUGUUUUUGAAAGGAUGCGUAAACAUUGAAGAAAUUAUUAUUCCAACUAAUAUUAUUUCGAUUGGAAGCGAAUGCUUUAGUGGAACAUCAAUUAGACAAAUAUCAAUACCUGACAGUGUCCAAGUUCUUUCAUCUCAAUGUUUCAGUAACUGUAAAUCACUCGAACGCGUUGAUAUUUCAUCGAGUUGUUCCCUUCUAAAAAAUUCCCCUGCAAUUUUCGAAAAAUGCACCUCACUUUCAUAUAUUAGCGAUUUUAAGAGUGAUGCCUUCGUAUGCGUGAAUAGUACAAUAUAUGAUGCUAAUUUCAGCAACGUCUAUUUACAUGCACCAGGCUGCACGGACAACUACAUAAGUUUCGACAGACGCCUUGUAAAUGUAAGAGAAAGCGCAUUCAUUAAUAGUAUAUUUGUUGAAAUUGUUGUUUUUGUCGAUAACAGUGUUGCUCGUAUUGAACGUCUUGCAUUUGCAUCAUGUACGAGUCUUAAACAGAUCAGUAUCCCAUCUAGUGUUAAUUUUAUUGGUGAAAGCGCUUUCAUCAACUGCGAAAAUCUUCAAUGUGGUGUACUAUAUCAAAAUAAAUCGAAAGUAUUUGUUGAUGCAUUAAUAUCAAGCGGACUUUCAAAAACUGCACUACAUGCAUGCAGUAUAUUCAGCUGUAAAUCACAUUAUGACUUUCCUAUUGGUUUUUCAUUAUUUGCCGUUUUUAUUAUGAUGUGA